UUUGUUUCCUUGUGUGUAAAUGCAUACAGAUACGAACUUUACAGUCGAAUAAUCAUGGUUCUUAGCUGCUGUUGUUGCAAAAAUCGGUUCAGAUCAAAAGAAGGGUUAAAGUUCUUUCGCUUCCCUGACAUUCGGUCCUACCAAAAGCCGACCCCUGACAUUGACAACAAUCCGGUCCAAAAUAAAGCGUGGACAGAUGCUGUAAGUCGACGCCAGCGCAACAACAGGCAUUGGAAACCUUCAAGACACGACAGGAUAUGCAGCGACCACUUUGUUUCUGGAAAUUACUCCAAACAUGUGAAUCACGUAGACAACACGCCAUCAGUCUUCAGUAGCUCCACUGUUGCGCAGACAAGUAAAGGGGUUCAGGAUCUGAACCGCUAUCUCAGAUUGAAAAAACGAUCAGCUCUGAAGAGAAGACUGGAUCAUGAUGAUGAUGUACAACUACAAGAUGAGCCAUCCACCAACUCAUCAACCCCGGCCCCGAUGUUGGAACCUGACCCUGUUAAUAACAGCAUACCUAUGCCGUCUACCCCAAAGAGGCUUAAAGAAAAGACAAGAGAAUCGUCAAGCCAAACCACUCAGACUACGGAAGACAAAGACCCACAUGAUAUGUACCGUAAUGAAAUAGUAAGUCUUAAGUCUCAUAUUAACUCACUACAGUCGCAAGUUGAUAAGCUAAAAUGGUCCAAUGAUAAAAUUAAGUCUAAUUCAAAAUGCAAAUUUUAUACUGGUCUCCCAACUUAUUUAGUUUUUUUGUGGUUGUUUCAGCAGCUUGUCAAGGGUGUAUCUCCCUCGUAUUGCAAGUGCCUUAAUUUAAAAGAUCAAUUGUUGCUAGUUCUUAUGAAGCUUAGACUCGAUUUAGCUUUUAACGAUAUUGCAGGCAGAUUUCAAAUUUCAAGAUCAAGUGCAUCAAAAAUAUUUCAUUUAUGGAUGAAGCACAUGUCUGUUCAGCUUAAACCAUUAAUCAACUGGCCAGAUAGACAAACUCUGAGACGAACACUUCCCAAAACUUUCAAGAAGUCUAAGAAAUACCGAAAAACAACAGUUAUCAUUGACUGCUUUGAAAUAUUUAUGCAACGGCCUUCAGACCUCAAACUAAGAGCACACACUUACAGUCACUACAAGCACCACAAUACUAUUAAAGUUUUAAUUGGAAUUUCACCUACUGGUGCAGUUAUGUUUUUGUCUAAAUGUUUUGGAGGUAGAGUUUCUGAUAAAAAAAUUACUCAGAAAAGUGGGUUUUAUGAGAAGCUGUUGCCUGGUGACCUGAUCUUAGCUGACAGGGGGUUCACCAUUUCUGAUGAACUUGCGAUUCACAAUGCCAUCCUUGCCAUUCCUGCGUUUACAAAAGGGAAAAACCAACUAUCCGGACAGGAAGUUGCAGGUGCACGUAGUCUGUCAAAUGUCCGCAUACAUGUAGAAAGAGCAAUUGGACGUCUAAAGGAAUUUCAUAUUCUGCAGCAUGUUGUUCCCAUAACGUUGGUCAAAAGUAUUGACGAAAUAGUUACAGUGUGUGCUGCAUUGACUAACCUACUUCCAGAUCUAGUCAAGUAGUUUGAUCUUAGCCGAGUAGCGUAUAGACCAGUUUAAGAACUGACUCCGCAGUAUUCCAGUUUAUUAUGAUCCUAUAGACCAUGUGUGACCUUGUGCAUUCUUUUCUUUGGGUAUUCUGGCAGGCAAAAUACUGCACAGGUCCUAGUGGAAAGUUGACAUUUUUUUGUGUCACAAUUUCCACAUGAAUCCAAGAAUUAUGAAAGUAAAAGCUGGACAAGUUUUGAGAUGUGCCCCCUCUUAUCUU